GAGCCCGUGGAGGCGCGGCAGCGGCCGGCGCCCGGCAGCGUGCGGCUGAGGCGACUCCGCUCGGCGGAGGCAGCUCCGAUUCCCAGCAGCCCUCGCUCUCCGGUCCCCGGCCCGGGCCCCGGCCCCUAGACGCCUCGGCCCCUCUCGCCUGCCUUUCCCUAUGGAUUCGCUUCAGACUGGGCAGAUGCUGAGCUUGGCCGCCGAGCUCGGUGGCGACAACUUAGAACUGGCGGAGCCGGCGGCAUCGGCGGCCCGCGGAGACGCGGAGCCCCGCUCGGAGGCGGCCACGGAAGGCCCCGCACCUUUAGCCGCUCCGGAGCCCGGGCCGGGGCCCGAGCCGGAGCCGGGGCCGCCUCCGAAGACCUCGACGCCGGAGUGCAAAGUCCUGCUCAAGAAGGCUGACGCCCUGGCGUCUAGGGGGCGCCUCCGGGAAGCCCUCGAGGUGUACCGCCAGCUCUCUGAACGGCAGCAGCUGGUGGCCGAGCAGCUGGAGCAGCUGGUGCGCUGCCUGGCGGAGAAAGUCCCGCAAGGCGCGGCUCCGGCGCCGGCGUCCCCGGACGGGAGCGGUGCGGCGAGCCGGGCGGCGGCGGCCGAAGAAGCAGGGGCGCCCGCGGCCGCCGAGGCUACCGAGGUGUGGGACGGCUUCAAGUGCCGGAAGUGCCUCGGCUUUCUGUCAGACCCCGUGUCCUUGUCGUGCGGCCACACCUUUUGUAAACUGUGCCUGGAACGCGGGCGGGCGGCCGACCGGCGCUGUGCGCUGUGCGGGGCCAAGCUCCCGGGCUCGAUGGUGGCCGGCGGCAAGGCGCGCCCGGCCCCCCCGGGGGAUGGGCAGCAGGCGGCGGCGGAGACCGCGACGACCGCGACGACCACGCCGCCGCCGCCGCCGCCACCGCCGCCGCCGCCGCCGCCGCCGCUGCGGGUCAACGUGGUGCUCAGCGGCCUCCUGGGCAAGUUGUUCCCAGGCCCAGCGCGGGCGUCGCAGCUCCGGCACGAGGGCAACCAGCUGUACCGCGAGCACCAGGUGGAGGCGGCGCUGCUCAAGUAUAACGAGGCGGUUCGGCUAGCUCCGAAUGACCACUUGCUUUAUAGCAACCGGUCUCAAAUUUAUUUCACCUUGGAGGCCCACGAGGACGCAUUGCAUGAUGCAGAAAUCGCAUGUAAGCUCCGCCCAAUGGGCUUUAAGGCACACUUCAGAAAAGCACAGGCCUUGGCCACCUUAGGCAAGGUGGAGGAAGCACUGAGGGAGUUUCUGUAUUGUGUGUCCCUCGAUGGAAAGAACAAAAGAGCAAGAUCUGAAGCCCAGAGGCUUCUCCUUAGUUUCUUUUCACCAUCAGUCCCGGGGGAGUCUCAGGAACAUUCUCCCGAUAUCCUGAAGUUGUUGGCACCUCACCCUAGAUUAAAGGAAAACGUAGAGUCAAUGGCUACUGAAGGCGCCAGUCAUAAUCUACCAAAGUUACCACAGGAAAGCCUGGAGCUCCCGCACUGCUCUCGCCAGGACGAAGCGGUGGCCGCGGGAGACCGCAGCAGCCUGGCGGACCCCGUUAAAGUAGAGGGGGAGGGGCAGGAAGGCCACGGGAAAGACCAGGCAGGAGCUGAGGAGGCCGAGGAAGAGAAGGGGCACGCCGCCUCUGCCAAGGCCGGCAAAUGCCAAGAAAAGAAAAGGAAACAUCAUCAUUGUGGACCCCAAGACCCAGAGGUGCCUACUAAAGCCAAAAAGCCAGGUCCUCCUGCCGACCAGGGGGCCGGAGCUGCGGUCAGUGUUCCACUCCCGUCUUUUGAUGCAUCUGACCUUGAAUGCUCUCUGUGUAUGAGAUUAUUCUACGAGCCAGUCACAACACCUUGUGGUCAUACGUUUUGUUUAAAAUGCCUUGAAAGAUGUCUAGAUCACAAUGCAAAGUGUCCUCUGUGCAAAGAUGGUCUUUCGCAGUGCCUGGCAUCCAGAAAAUAUAGCAAAAAUGUCAUAAUGGAAGAGCUAAUAGCGAAAUUCCUGCCAGAAGAACUCAAGGAGCGAAGGCGGCUUUAUGAAGAAGAAAUGGAAGAACUGUCUAACUUGAAUAAGAACGUGCCUAUUUUCGUGUGCACUAUAGCCUACCCCACGGUCCCCUGCCCCCUGCACAUCUUCGAGCCUUGUUACCGUCUGAUGAUUCGCAGAUGCAUUGAAACAGGUACAAGGCAGUUUGGCAUGUGCCUUGGAGAUCCUGUCAAAGGGUUUGCGGAAUAUGGCUGCAUCCUGGAGAUCAGAAACGUUCAGUUCUUUGCUGACGGCCGCUCGGUGGUGGACAGCGUGGGCAGGAGGCGCUUCAGGGUCCUCCAUCAGGGCCAGCGAGAUGGUUACAAUAUAGCGGACAUUGAAUACAUCGAAGACCAAAAGGUUCAAGGAGAGGAUUGUGCUGAGCUCAUGGGAUUACAUAACUGUGUCUAUGAGCAGGCAUCAUCAUGGUUUCAUUCGCUCAAAACGUCUCUGAAAAAUCGGAUACUCAAUCACUUUGGUCCAAUGCCAGAGAAAGACGCUGAUCCUCAGACUAGCCCGGAUGGUCCGGCCUGGUGCUGGUGGACGCUAGCGGUCCUUCCCCUGGAAAGCCGAGCUCAGCUCCCGUUCCUAGCGAUGAGGUCCUUAAAGGAUAGACUGAAUGGGAUCCGGCGAGUCCUGGCCUUUAUAGCCCGGAACCAAAACUAGCGAGAGUGCAUUGCUGAGGAGGAGCCCCCCACCCCCACCCCGCUCCCUACCGGCCUGGGGGCGCCCUCUUGUAAAUAUCUCUAACUGCAAUAACAUCUUAACAGAAGGAAGCAUCAAACAGGCCUUGCCCUGCUGGUGGCCGCGCAGAGCAAUCGGGCAGAGAGACCAGAAGCACGGGGCCUGUUUGAAACUUCCUCGCUGAAGAUGCUUCUCGACAUGCUGCACAACUACAUGCUCAGCAGAGGUGUUUAAGAGCCCAGAAAAAAAAAAAUUCAUUUGAUUUUUGACAUCCAGUUUUCUGAACGUUUAAAAUGGUUUUGCUUUCAUUUUCUUUCUCGCACAGAAACACGCGUAGUCAAAAUGUGAAGCGCACGUUCUGAUAACGUCGCUGCGCGUCAUUUCACGGACUUGAGUUCUCAUUCCACACGGUUCAGGUUUUAUAUGGCAUCGUGUAAAAGAAUGUUCGUCCUUCUUUCCGUUUUCGUAAUUUAUUUUUUGGCACUACUGUAUCUUUUUUUUUUUUCCUACCUGUCCGUUUGUAACUGUUUUAAGUGUGCAAUGACUGAAAAGCCAGUUGCUUUAUUUAUUAACGCAGUUUGCCAUCCACCCAGGGGGGAAGUAGCCAUACUAGAAAUGGGCCGGUUUUGCUUUAACCGUGUUCUGCUGUGUUUGAUCCCAGUUCGCGAACCAUUUCUGUGUCUGUCCCACUGGAUGCAUGAAGGAAGUUCAGAAUCAUGCUGAGGUCAUCCAUCUUCAUGGGUUCCUUGUUGCUCGCGGCAUGAAUCCAACAGUAUAAAAUACCUAAGUGAUUUGUCAGACGCUAUGGAAUAAGCCAGGGUAAAGUAAAAGAACCCAUUUCCUGGGUGUUACACAGAGCAGGGCUGAAGGAGCGAUUUCUCCCGAAUGAAGAGAUGACUCAGAGGGGUGUCUUUUGUUAGUGAUAUCUGGUAGGCAUUUAUCUUCAACAGUGCAAUCAGAAGCGGGCCUCCCUUGUCCCCGGUGUUAGUUAGGAAUGGCAUUUUUGGGCAGGGUGUUAUUCAACCCUUCAGAGGGAUUGGUUUCUGGCUUGGCACCUUGCAGCCCUGCCGAAUAGCCUCAGCACCCGACUUCUCAGGGUUCUGAAGGUCACGACCUGGCUAGCAGGUAUGAAAACACAUGCCGAAGGGCUGCUUGUUUCUGAAUGUGUAAAGAAGCCAGUAGAAAAAGUAGAACCCUUAAAUCUUUUUAGAGGAAACAGACCGGGAAUCCAUGAUUUUAUCUAAACACUGCCUCCCCCCCUAGCCACUGUGGGCCAAAGAUUCCAAGGUAGGAGAGGAAAGGGGUAAGAAGGUAAGAGGGAGCCCUUGUUCAGCUUGCUCAGUGCUAGUGGGAUUCCUUUAGUGCCAGGAGGACCUGACAGAGACUGUGGGGGAAGAGGGUCACAAUGCCAGAGCGAGAUCGGGGCAGGUCAGAAGCGAAUCCUGCCGUGUGUAUCACCGUGCACGUGAUCCCCCUACGUGAUCCUGGACGGACGCAGUGCAACCCAUCUGCUCCUUCGAGGAGAGGGGAGUGCCUCAAGUAACCGACCCGACUUCUUCCCACUACCCGCAGCCAGAAACAGGAGAGAGAACAAGGCGAUCCAGGCAACAGGAAAGAGAUUCACGUAAGCAGAAACCAAACGGUCCUUUCUGAACUUGCUAAACGGAGGCUGUACUGUCAGAGCUUUAUGUCACCAGGUUUGAUGUUCGCGGCCAGACUGGGCCAGCUCAGAAUGCAAGUAGAGGCACGGUUCUGGCCCAGGCAAGCGCUGCGGGGCUCGGGGAGCCGAGAAUGAUGGGCUCCACUCCCAGCCAGCCAGGAGGCAUAGCACGGUCCUAGUGAAAUAAGUGUCCCGCCGUCUAGUGUAAAUGCAGCAAAGAAAAGGUCAUCAACACCUCCACAUGGUAGAUAAUUUCCCUUGUGAUUUAACUUUUUCUGGGCCCCCGUUUUCCUCAUCUAGCAAACGGUAGUGACUGAUGCCCUUUGUAGGGGUGUUACGAGCAUUAUAUGAGGUAACCUACGUAAAUCGCUUAGCACAGUGCCUAGCACCUAGGAGGGAUCCAAAAAAUGAUAGCUGUGAUUAGAUUAUUUGUAGUUCCAGAACAUCCUCAGGGGCCCACGUUUGCAUAAAACACUGCUUUUACGUGCGGUACCCAAAUCUGCCCCCUUUAAUCUUGGAGGGAUUCACACCACUGAUUUUCGGACCACAACUUGAUGCUUUACCGUUAAUCCCUUUUGGAGCCAAGUCUGUUUGGGAAAACGAAAAGGCUAGAGAAGAGAGGAGGGUCAGAGACGGGAGCCUUCUGAGCCAGCAGGUUUGCCCUGUUCCAGUAUGACUAAAAAGUAGUGCUGUUUGGAGGUCUGGAAUUCCCGAUCUGAUGGAAGCCUUAAGUUCUAGCUCCAUUAGAAUGACCAACUCCUCACUCCUUGCUCCCCAAAAAGUGUUAAAAAUCUUGGCCAUGCCAGGGUGAACGGUUUUCAUGGUCCGGCUUCUGGGCUUGGUCCAUGGGAUUUCUUUAUGCUGCCCCAGCAAAUUUAUUUUGGACCUGCUAUGUGCCAGGUACUGAGCCAGGCGAUUUCACAUAUGUGAACUCAUGAAAUCAGUCAUUCUCACGCCAGCUCUGUGAGUUCAGGCAUCACCCCAGCAUCGCAGGUGAGGAGGCCGAGGCUCUGCGAUGUUAAAGACUUUGCCCAGAUUACACAGUUACCCAGUUCAUAGUACAGCCAGGCUUGAUGCCAAACCCCUUACUUUUGCAUAUUUUUAACAUUUUAAACAGUUUGCAUUACACAUAAUUUUAUUAGAUAGACAGCACAACUGAGCCACAAAAGCACCCCAGGGGCCCACAGUUCAGAUGGAAGUUGCAGGUUCAAUAAAAUUCCCUUACCUCACACAUCUCUACUUAAUCUAGCUAGGAAGGGAAGUUUGGUUUUUUUUUUUUUUAAUAAAGUUCCACAUUCUAGAAUGUUCCCUGUUGGUAAGUGAGCACCAAACUCCAGCAAAUGUAGUUGUUGGCUGGACAGAGUUGCACUGCGCUCUCAAUAGCCUAAAUACGCAUUUGGGUUAUUUUAUUGCAGGCUCUGGCUUCAGCAGUGACGGGAGGCACGAUGGCAAGGCUGAGCCUUGGCUUUCUUUGGGGCGUACUUGAAUGGGGCAGUCAGUUGAAUGCGACCGUUUUCACCACUUAAACAUUGAUUUUGCUGCAAAACUUGGGUUGGAAGAGAAUACAGAGAAAAGGCAUAAAGCUAAAUCUAGGCCAGAAGUACAAGACUUCCCCCUUGGUAGAUCGUGCCAUUUAUUUGGUUAAUUUUCCUAUCAUGACCUAGAUUUUUUUCUCUGUGUAUGUAUAUGUGUAUAUAUGUAUAUAUAUAUGUGUGUGUGUGUAUAGAUAUAUAGAUAUAUAUCUACAUAGAUAUAUAUUAGGUACCAGGCAGAUACUAUGCCUUUCUGCUUUGUACUGUACUACUGCUGCUAGCUAAUAACCAGCAAAAUGUAGAAAAUGACAAAUGAUAAAAACUAAUUUUCUGUAGACAACCUGGAGAAAAGAGUGUUUGCCCCUGGCCUCAUGGGGCAGAGAACUGACCAUUUCAAGACCUUGCCUUUUCUGAAAGCUGACUGCUUCUAGCCCCGUGGGGCCAGACGAAUCGCUGCGCAUGUGGCCCUUCCCGCUCUGCCUGUGGGGCCGGCCUGGGCUCAGAUAAUCUCCUGUGACUGGCCGUUAGAGUGGUGGAGCUCCUGAGGCCGGUUCACAGCACCCGGAGAUCUUGGACUCUCAACAGCCCGCGUGCUGUUGAUGGACCAGAAUCCAUCAUUGGGGAUGGGGACAGCAUGCCCCCUGCCAACUCCGGUUCCAAGAUGGGAGUUUUAUUUGGGGACUUGUUCCUUGUGUUCCCAACGUGUUGACUUUGCAUCCAUUUCCGUUUAUCGAGGCGGAAUCGUAGCAGAGGGGUAGGAUAAGGAUGCAAAUGGAAAGCAGCCCCCAGAAUGGAAAAGAAGAGAUCUUUCAGCCCAUCUGGGGCUUGAGGAAGGAGGUUGAUUUAUGAUUGAAGGCAGUCCUGAAAGGCAGCCAGCCGCACAGCCUACAGGCUACAACUUGUGGCCCUUCCUUUGUGCAGAGAGAAAGAAGGAAAUGGAGUCAUGUAAAAUGUACACAUUCAGUUCCUCUUAGAACGAUAGCUCCCACUGUUCAACUGUGUAAUAAUCUGGGUGGUGCACAUCCAGAGGUGAAAUGAAGACGUUUUCAUUACAAAUAGGUGUUGUCCAAUGCGCUAAGUUCACCUUGAGAGAGAAGUGCCUGUAAUCUCUGUCCCUGGUGUCAUUUUAAAGCUUUUGCUUCAUGACCCUGUAGCCGUUUAAAAAUGUGUCGCAGCAAAUGUGAUUAAUGGAAGUUUACAAAGCCACACUGUAGCUUAUGCGUCAUGUUAAAAGUUGCCUAGUGUUUCGCUAAUGUGAAAGCAACAACAAUACACAACCACAAAAUAAAAGGAGAGCAAAUAGGUCAAUGUGGCAUCAUAGGCUUAUCUGAGCUAAACUAGUUCCGUCAUCUUACGCAGCCCUCAGUAAUGCCAGGAUUAAAAUAUCAAGCAAGCCGUUCAAACAGUGGCAAACGUGUCUGUGUGUUUGUUUUUCCAGUUGUUUGUCGAGCAGCCAUUUUACAUUGUAACAAACUGAAAGGGGAAUUAAGAGAAUGCUUUCCCACCCCCCCCCCAUAUUGCUGUUCAACUACCUCUAUAUGCUUGGUUUCUCUUUAGGGUUUUCGUUCCCCCAAAUCUGUACAAAAACAAAGUGUCAGCUCCUCUGUGUUCUCAUAACAAUGUGAUAUAGACAGUCCAUGUGAAAGCUGUUUUUCAUUAAGAAUGCUUCCCCAUUGUUUCACUUUGUAUCUAACAAAAUUCUACCCAUAACCUUAGGGCAAGAACUACCCAAAGAGGUGUCAUUUUUUGGAAGCUGAGUAGAAAGGAAAGCUAUCGGACCAUUUACUUUGUUCUUGUUGCUGUUGCCUGUAACACACGUGACCAGAAGGUCCCUCCAGGAGAUAGCCUUGCACUUAGACGGCAAGCUCGUAUGUACUUGACAGUGAGGCUGGUGUGAGUUAAGUAAUGUGACUGAUAUGUUCCGAAAAACCUGGCCAUAUUGUUUUAAAAGAUGCACCAGAAAAUCUCGUUACUUAAAGAAUUUCGUUGAAGCACCUUGCCAAUAAUCCACCCCUAGUUUAUCUGUUAAGUCCACUCGUAUAUUGAGUUUGCUUAAAGCGGAACGCACUACCUACUGUGUUUUCGUUGGCAUUAUAAAACAUUUGUGAAAGUGA